UCUCUCGUUCAGUCCCCAGUCCCCAGUCUGCAGCCUGAAUCGUGCUCCGCUCAACGAGAGGAUAUUAGUAAAUAACGGGCGGCUCCUGAUGACUGAGGGACAAAUUAUUGGUGGAGAGCCGUGAAAUCAUCAGUCCCGGCAUCGUGAACACCCUUUACGCGGGCGAAGUCGCUCCUCUCGAUGUGGGUUUGAUUUCGGAGUGAGAGAACCGAACUGAGUGAGAAUCAUGCCCUGUGCCGUCAGCAACUUCGAACAAGCUUGAGUCAUGCUGACUUGGAAUUAUUCUCUCACCGAUGUGGUCAUCGCCGUUCUCGGCAUCUGCGUGGUGUUCAACUUGCUCAUCCUCAUGAUGAGAUCGCUAAGGAGAGCCGCAGCGGGAUCUGGGGGCUCGUCAGUAGUCUUUGUGAAGAACCCGAUAUUGGAAACCCAAGUUCAGAGCUUGUCGACUCCAGCAACCGUGUACGACAUCAAGGAUUUAGGGGACAAGACUGUUGAGCUGGAUAUCCGGAGCCACAGGGAGCACUGCAAGUUCGUUGCUUAUUGGGGCGUCCCCAUCAAGGACUUCCCAUGGAGUGAUGCAGAGCCCCCUCAUCAGCAUAAAGAGGAACUCUUGUUAGGAUACGUAGGAUCGCAUCGACUGCAAUUGAACGUCAAGGAUUGCGAGCUGGGGGAUCAACCCAGGACACAUUAUCAUCUGGUGACAGUGAUCUCUGCGCCGGAAGCCGAGUCUAUGUUGUAUUCAAUCUAUCACCUAUACGGCUGCAGUUUGAAGACGAGUUUGCUGAAGCAAUAUCUGAAGUCUGAAUCCGGGUCGAUGCUCGCGGUGAGGUCGAUUUUCAAUGAGAGCCGAUGCGUGAUCUGUAUGGAUGCGCCGGCGACCUUCACACUCCUACCCUGCAGACACUCAUGCGUUUGUCGUAGUUGUUUGCCACACAUUCAAGAACAGUGUCCGAUUUGUAGAGUUUAUGUGCAGAGUUACUUCGUGACGAGUCCUAUUGAUACGGAAUAGCUACAACAAGAAGGCGGUCCGACAUCUCGAUGAGCGGCCUGUCCGCUUGAAGCAGUCACAUAGCCCGGACUCUCCGAGACAUUCUCCGAUCUCAAAGGUUUGGUAGGGUCGUUCGUUCCCAGUCACUCUGAUUGUUACCUCUAAUUUUUACCCAGUGCGAUUAACUUCAUAUCAUAUUCUCUGCCCUCCGCACUUCAUCUGCUCACGAAUCCUAUGGGAAGUGUGUCGCGCCGAGUCCUUGUAGUCUCUGCCCUAUUCGUCUUCCCUGUGCUUCGAUUUGAGAGCUGAUUGAGAUCUGAGAGAUAUUUGCAGGAGAUUCAUAAGAGGGGUGACAAUAAAAUCUUGCGUUUGUUCACU